AUGUCAUCGCAAAAUCCUGUAUACUCUCCACUGCCGCUGAGCGGAACAAACAUAUCGCAAGCGGAAGCAAGAUCGCAUCCUUCUAAAAAGAUCGUAGCUUUGGUCCUCGUUGGAACUCUCUUUUUUUUAUUUUCUUUUUUUUUAGCGGUUGCACUUUUCGGGGGCUCUUCAACUGAUUCUGAUCUAGAGCCUGACCAUCAGACAUUAACAACACAGAACGAACCUAUCCAAUUGGGAAAUCAUAGAUACUUUGCGUUCAAGUACGAAAUUGUGCGCGGAAAGUAUUCGCACACUAACAAAGAUGGAUCAGCGGUUAAACCAUUUAUCGUGAAAAAUGUUGAACGGCAUUCUGAUGAAGAACCAUACGAUGUAUACUUGCAAAAGAAAAAACGUAAUGAGGAAGGAAUGAUCUACUGGAAGUUCAACUUGACGUCUACUGGUAAAGUAUUGGAGACGCUGGUAAUUCGAAUGGUAGGAAUAAAUCAGACACUCAACGGAGGAGGAAAAGCCGAGGCUUGUCUGGACACUUUUGAGAAUUGCAUGGAAAUUCCGGUAAACCAGGAUUUGAUCAUUGAUAAGCCACAAGCUGACACCCUUUUCUUAGGAAUCAAGAUGUACAAGAAUAUGAAAGUAUUUGGGCAUGCUGAAAAGUGUAUGGAAUGUAGGGAGCUUGAGAGCGGUUUUUUGGUUAAAGCCUACUGGGCGCAAACUCACCUUCUCAACAUUUCCACCACAUACCAUCAAGGCAGUGGCCCGGCUUUUGCACUGACCCCUAAGACUGGAGAAAAUUCAGCAAAAUUUAAAUACAAUUUCAUCAAUAAUUCGUAUUCACACACCCAGCCAGACGGAUCACCAAUCAGAUUAUUCAAUUUUAAUGGAAUGGAACGAGUGGAGGAUUAUACGGAGAGUGAUGUAUUUCUACGCAGAGAAAUUCCAGAGAAAAAGGGAAACAUUGGAUGGGCGCUGGAUUUAAAAAUCGAUGGAAAAUCAGUGGAAAAAGUGGUGAUCCGAAUGAUUGGAAUUGAGGAAAUUGCCAAUGGUGGAGGAACGGCCAGAGCUUGUGGACAUUAUCCUACGAUCUACCCGAAAUGCGCCGAUAUUCCGAUUAACGGAACUUUCACUUUUACUAAUUACCCUCUCGAUCGUUUGUUUUUGGAUAUAGAGCUGGACGAGGAUAUACAAAUUUUUAAGACCAAACUCGACGAUGAGAGCAGUGUGGAGAAUGUUUCUGUUGAAGUCUACUGGAAGCCCAGCUAG